ACAGAAACAAAAACUCAAAUCAGAGAACGUAUAUUAUAAUAUAGUGCCAUAAUAUACGUUCUCUGCUCAAAUGGUUAUUACGAAAAAAAUAAAUCUUAAAGGAUAGAUCUGGUAAGCCUAAACAAACAGCUGAUUUAUUAAAUUAAAAUUCAGCACACACCACACAGUUCGCGUAAUACAGAUAUUUAUGAAUAAAGUGCUUUAGCAAAGCCAAAAAAUGUUACAAUUUGCUAGAAUUGCUAUAAGAAGUGUUGCUGUCAACCACCGGACGGCCGUAACCCCACUUUUAAACAUUUCAAUAACUCGGCGAAAUUUUAGUGCACCUGUGGAAAAUAAAGAUGAACCCAUUGAUAUACCUAACCCAUUCGAAAAAGAGCGCCGUAUAUGCAUUCUUUGCAAACACAAUAUAGUUCCAGAUUAUAAAAAUGUUAAACUACUAUCCCAGUUCCAGUCACCUUACACAGGUCGUAUAUAUGGUCGGCAUAUUACUGGCUUGUGUAAACAAAAACAAGAACAAGUAGAGAAAGCAAUUAUUCGUGCACAAAAUUGCGCUAUGAUGCCGACGUACCACAAGGAAAUGGACUUUAUGCAAGAUCCGCGUUUGUUUGAUCCUGAAAAACCGAUACGCCCCCAUAAAUACUAAAUGACGUAAAGCAAUUCUUAGGUAUUUAAUUUUAAAAGUUUUAAUUUUCGCUAACCGCAUUAGGAAAUAAACAUCUUGUUAAUUCUGAAAAUGUG